AUGAAAAUGGCGGCGAGUCAGGGAGCUGUUGGAUCAGCGGCGGCUCUCCAGAGCCAGCCUUACCCGAACGUUGCCCACUGGAACCCGGGCGUGAUGCAGCAGCAGCACCCGCUUCACACCGCCCGCAGCCUGGAGCGCGCGCUGGAGGAUGCCGUCUGCUCCGGGAUGCUCAACAUCAGCGGGAGGAAACUGCGCGACUACCCCGGGCUCAACUAUGAUCUGACCGACACUACACUAGCAGACUUGUCGAAAAACCGUUUUUGUGAAAUCCCCCCAGAAGUUUGUAUGUUUGCACCGCUGGAGUCAUUAAACCUCUACCACAACUGCAUAAAGAUCGUUCCAGAGGCCAUUGUCAACCUACAGAUGCUCACUUACCUGAAUAUUAGUCGAAAUCAGCUGUCUGUUCUACCCAAGUUUCUCUUCAAUCUUCCUCUGAAAGUGCUGGUGGUCAGCAACAAUAAACUCCCUUCUGUUCCCGAUGAGAUCGGAAAGGCCAAAGACCUCAUGGAACUGGACAUCAGCUGUAAUGAGAUCCAGGUGCUUCCUGCUCAGAUGGGGAAACUCCUUGCAUUACGAGAGCUUAACAUACGGAGAAACUGCCUACAAGUGUUGCCAGAUGAGCUAUCCGAUCUGCCGUUGAUCAGGCUGGAUUUCUCUUGUAAUAAGAUCACAGAGAUUCCCACUUCUUACCGCAAACUCAAGCAGUUACAGCACAUCGCGCUCGACAACAACCCCAUGCAGUCUCCUCCUGCUCAGAUCUGCCUGAAGGGAAAGAUCCACAUCUUCAAGUAUCUGAACCUGCAGGCAUGUCGUCUGGAUAAAAAGCCUGACACACUUGACCUGCCUUCUCUGGGAAAACGCUGUUUACCUCAGCAGCUGACUGACAGUAUGGAAGAUUUCUAUCCCAGUAAAAACCACGGCCCUGACUCAGGUAUUGGCAGUGACAAUGGUGACAAAAGACUGUCGACUACAGAGCCAUCUGACGAUGACACCAUGAGUCUCCACUCUCAAGUGUCAGAAACGGCGCGAGCUGACGCACACAUACUGCUCACAAAGCUGGACUCAAACAAAGAUCAGGACCCAUAUGACUUUAUUGACCCCAAUCCAGAUGAAGAGGGCACUCUGUCUGAGGGAGAUCUACAGCACAAUGCACCUUAUGUGUCAUGUAUAAAGGAGCUGGAGCGGGUCCUGAAAACACACCAAAGCAAAGACAAAGAGAACUGGAAAGAGGAGUCAGGCUCAGAGAAAGAGCAGUUAGCUGAAGAAGAGGAGGAUGACCUGAAGGAAGUGUUGGAUCUGAGGAAGAUCGCAGUGCAGCUGCUACAACAAGAACAACAAAACAGGAGGCGGUCCCUAAUUUGUAGGGCAGAGAGUCUGAUACACCGUAGAAGAGCAGCGGGCAGAGCUCACAGGUUUCUCAGCCACUCAGGGAGCAGCACCAAACAGAGAUCUCCAUCUCAGACUGUUAGAAGUGCAUCUCUAGAUGAAGGAACCAGCUCCGCAUCAGCAUUCAGUGGACAGGAGACUGAUCUCACUGAUGAAGAUGCAGCUUUCUCUGAGCCUUCUUCCUCUUGCUCAUUUGACGGAAGUUUGAAAUCAGAGAGCAGUGACUCAGAACCAAGAUGGCCAGAGGUUCCUCCCGUGCUCAACCAGAACGAGGAUCGGAGAAGAAACAAAUACCUGAGAAAAGACUACCUGAAGUACAAGUGCCAAAGUGCCAGAAGAAACUCCAGUGGCAACGACAUCGAUUGUGAGGAGGGAAUGCGGUCUAAUGAUUUCUCCACAACUCUCACUGUCUUCGGUCUGAAACCCAGAUCAGCCUUCUCCCGUGGAAACCGUCAAGACUUCAGCUCCACAGACCCAAGCUUCACCAUGAGAAGGAAGAUGGAGCACCUCAGGGAGGAGAUGGAGCAGAUCAAACUUUUGCGGCAGAACCUCGAGUCAAGGUUGAAGGUUUUAUUGCCAGAUGACGUGGGCGCUGCGCUGAUGGAUGGUGUCGUUUUAUGCCAUCUGGCCAAUCACAUUCGUCCUCGUUCUGUCGCCAGUAUUCAUGUACCCUCCCCUGCCGUGCCAAAACUAAGUAUGGCCAAAUGUCGGCGCAAUGUGGAGAAUUUCUUGGAUGCCUGUAAAAAGCUUGGAGUGCCACAGGACCAGUUGUGUUUGCCACAUCACAUUCUGGAGGAGCGAGGUCUGGUAAAAGUCGGCGUCACCGUUCAGGCCCUGCUAGAUCUUCCAUCAUCAAAACCCAAUCAACUUUCCACCAUGUAGCAUCGCCGGAUCAUCUCAUCUCUCUGUACCUUGCCUUACCACCUCAUCCCGUCCCUUCUCUCUCAAUGCUGAUCUUUGACCUAUCGCAGGGAGACCACGACCCUUCAGGCCGGCAAUUUCCCCCUACCUCUAAUAAGCCUCUCUGGAGGGGUCUAGACCUUUUAAUGCUCCGAUAUCAAGCCCUAUUGGAGGGGAAUUGCAAGUUAAAACCACACUGUUCAUUCUGAGGGGAAAUAUCUGUUUAUAUUUCACAGCCGGACACUUUUUUGUUCUCCUCAUCUGUCUGGUGUUCGCUCUUCUCUUGGACCGGUGAGCCCACAGUGGGUGAGGACAGGAGAAACGCAUGCAGCUUUAUGACUGAUUCUGAAACAGAGGGAUGGUGUAAUAUCAAUGCCACCACAACCCUCUUCUGUAUGAAGUCAACAAGAGCUGUCUGUCAUUCAGUUCCGUUGUGUCUGUCUCAAGCAGUGAGUGGGAAAGGAACAUUUGUUGCACGUUCAACCAGACGAGCACAGAGUUGGCAUACAAAAGUAUCACAGCGAUCAGGGAAUCUCCCAGGAGAACGCAAGUGGUCAUGAAGAAGCGUGCUCUCUCAAGUUACACUUGUGAACAAAGGUGUUAUUUAGGUCGAGCUGGUGGUUCGACGGUCACGGAAUUAUAAUGAGCUGCAGAAGUGGUCCCUUAUUCAAAGAUUUAUUACAGCUGGUUUUAUUAUGCAUUGUUUAAUGUAUGCUAUACUGCAUAUGGUUUCCCAGUGCUAGGUUGCAGCUGAAAGGGUGUCCGCCGCAUAAAAACAAAUGCAGGCAUAAUUGGCAGUUCAUUCCUCUGUGGCGACCAUUGAUAAAUCUAAGCCAAAGGAGAGUGAGGUAGUGAGAUGCUGCAUAUGGUACUUUAAGUACCAUUGAUGGAAAAUGAGAAAUGUGUAGAAAAGAUUCACAAAAUAGGCUAGUACGUACAUAUACUCACCGGCCACUUUAUUAGGUACACCUGUCCAACUGCUUGCAAAUUUCUAAUCAGCCAAAAUCAUGGUAGCGACUCAAUGAUCAAGACGAUCUGCUGCAGUUCAAACCGAGCAUCAAAGUGGAGAAGAAAGGUGACUUAAGUGACUUUGAAUGUGGCAUGGUUGUUGAUGCCAGAUCUGAUCUGAGUAUUUCAGAAACUGCUGAUCUACUGGGAUUUUCACGCAUAACCAUCUCUAGGGUUUACAGAGAAUGGUCCGAAAAAGAGAAAAUAUCCAGUGAGUGGCAGUUCUGUAGGCGCAAAUGCCUUGUUGAUGCCAGAGAUCAGAGGAGAAUGGCCAGACUGGUUUGAGCUGAUAGAAAGACAACAGAAACUCAAAUAACCAAUCGAUACAACUGAGGUAUGCAGAAGAGCAUCUCUGAACACACAACAUGUCCAACCUUGAGGCAGAUAGGCUACAGCAGCAGAAGACCACACUGGGUGCCACUCCUGUCAGCUAAGAACAGGAAACUCAGGCUACAAUUCACACAGUCUCACUAAAAUAGGACAAUAGAAGAUUGGAAUUCGAUUUCUGCUGCGACAUUCAGAUGGUAGGGUCAGAAUUUGGCAUCAGCAACAUGAAAGCAUGGAUCCAUCCUGCCUUGUAUCAGCGGUUCAGGCUGGUGUUGAUGGUGUAAUGGUGUGAGGGAUAUUUUCUUGGCACACUUUAGGUAUCAAUUGGUAUCAACUGAGCAUUGUGUCAACGCCACAGCCUACCUAAGUAUUGUUGCUGACCAUGUCCAUCCUUUUAUGACCCCAGUGUACCCAUCUACUGAUGGCUACUUCCAGCAAGAUAAUGUGCCAUGUAAUAAAGUGCGAAUCAUCUCAGACUGGUUUCUUGAACAUGACAAUGAGUUCACUGUACUCAAAUGGCCUUCAAACUCACCAGAACUCAGUCCAAUAGAGCACCUUUGGGAUGUGGUCGAAUGGGAGAUUCGCAUCAUGGAAGUGCAGCUGGCAAAUCUGCAGCAACUGCAUGAUGCUAUCAUGUCAAUAUGGACCAAAAUCUCUAAGAAAUAUUUCCAGUACCUUGUUGAAUCUAUGCCAUAAAGGAUUAAGGCCGUUCUGAAGGCAAAAGGGGGUCCCACUUAAUACUAGUAAGGUGUACCUAAUAAAGUGGCCGGUGAGUGAAUGGAAUAUAAUGUAUAUAAAUAUAACUAAAAUAUCAGGAUUAGGGAUUUGUAAACAGAACAUAUUUUAUAUGUUUUCAUCCACUCUGUGGGGAUUUUGAGUCUUAAUUUGACCACAACUUUCUGUGUUUCAGCAAAUGAAAUGAUUUUUAAUGACAAAUCUUAAUUUGACAAACAUAUUGUAAAAAUGCUUUGAAAAUUCUCAACAAUACACUCAGUAAAAUGACACAUUUUACCUCUUCCCAACAGGAAAAGCCACCAACAAUCAAAAAUGCAUGAGUAUAUGGUGUCAUGGCUUUGUAAUCAAAAAAUAUCAUUAUAAUGGAAGUCAAUGGGGCAAAAACAGCCAUGAACAUCCUGUAGCAAAAGGGUAGUACAUUUGAUCAGUACACAAGGGUUAAGUAUUAGUUUAUAAUGCAUGCAUUAUGGUCUGUUUACAAAUCCCCAAUCCUGCUAUUUAGCACAUUAUAUAACAUAUUGAAUUACUAGGCUAUUUUGUGAAUCUUCUUUCUCACAUUUUUUAUUUCUCAUUAAUGAUAGUUGCUUGAAAACCUGCUGUUUUCCACCAGCAUUAAAAAGGCAGAGGGUACAUAUUAAUCAGAAGAGAAAAAAUAUUUUUGCUUGUGAGUUAAAAUAGCUCAGCUCUGUCUUAUUCAGUGUAAACAUUCCUCCUGAAAACACAUUUGUCUUUUUUUCUCUCACUCGCUUGGCUUAAUUUCAUCACAUAAGUGGGAAAAGUGAAUAAACAGAGUAAAUAAAAGUAAACAUUUAGUGACUUGAUGCUCACAACUCUCACAGAAACAUAUUUGCAAUCUUCCUUUUUUUGUUUUGCUCUAUGUAAAUACAGCUCCAGCAACAAAUAACCCUUUGUUAAAUAUUGUUCAUG